AGGGUGGCAGGCAGAGGCUGUCUUCAUCUGCUAGCUUGUCACUGACUCAGGAAAGGGGGGUUACAUACAGAAUCCCCCAGGGCAACCUUAUAUCCCUGGCAUUGCUCUGAGAGGAAGAUACCGGAGCAAUUAAAAAAACAACAACUUAUCAUAAGCUAAAGCAGCAGAGAACUUUUAAAGAGGGAGGGGCAGUGAUAUGAGUGGUAAAGAGAUAUAACCAGCCCCCUGCAGCUCUGUCCCUACUACAGUAGAGGAACACCAAUACAUCCCACACACCCAGCUGCAUCCCUCCCUGACAGACAGCACUGGCUCACAUUCACAACACAAGAGGAAUGUGCACAAUGAAACAAGAUCCCAGUGUCCUUGCUGCAGGUAUUCCUGAGACACUGGCCAAGCUGUCUACCUGUUGACUAUCACAUGAAGAGACUUCUGGCUGAUCACCAUGACUGCUGUCACUAUCCCAGCUCCCAGAUGCUGCUGCAGAUCGUUUGGAUCAGGGAACAGGUGAAUGUCCUGCAGAAUUAUUAUUCCCCCCUCUCUUUGCAGCUUCUCCAAGUUAUUUUUCUUCUUUUAUUUUCCCACACCAAAUCCACGCCCCGGCGAGAAAAGAGACACUCCAAAGGGGGUGAUGGUGAGGUGUGAUCUCUAAUGUGCACUCUACUCCACGUGUGACCCGCAUACAAAUCCCCUGCACCCCUCAGCAAGGAGGCAGAGGAGAGGGGGGGUGGGCUGCUCUGGGACUGGACACUGGCUCUCUUCCCUUGGGAUUUACAAACACUCACUGCCUGAUCCCAUCACCAAAAAGGGGGUUUGGUUUGCUGUGCUGCUGCCUGUGGUACUUUGACCUGGAGCACCCCUUGUCUGGAACAACAGAACUCCCCCAGACUGUCAGCACUGAUCACUUGUGGAACUCCCUGUAAUCAAGGAAUAUGAACAGGAAGACGAGACGUUGGAUCUUUCAUAUCUUUCUCAGUCUGGGGAUUGUCUAUAUCAAGAUAGGAGGUUUCUCUUCCGUGGUGGCACUUGGGGCCAGUGUGAUCUGCAGUAAGAUUCCAGGCUUGGCACCCAGACAGAGAACUAUCUGUCUCAACAGACCUGAUGCUAUCAUCGUGAUUGGAGAAGGAGCUCAGAUGGGGAUCAAUGAGUGUCAGUUUCAGUUCAGACAUGGACGCUGGAACUGUUCUGCCAUGGGAGAAAGGACGGUGUUUGGGAAAGAGCUGAAAGUGGGCAGCAGGGAAGCAGCAUUCACGUACGCCAUCAUAGCGGCCGGAGUGGCCCACGCCAUCACGUCUGCUUGUACUCAAGGAAACAUGAGUGACUGUGGGUGUGAUAAGGAAAAACAAGGACAGUUUCAUAGGGAAGAAGGCUGGAAAUGGGGAGGCUGUUCUGCUGACAUCCGUUAUGGACUAGUCUUUUCCAAGGACUUUGUGGACUCUAGGGAGAUCAAACAGAAUGCAAGGACCCUCAUGAACUUGCACAACAACGAAGCUGGACGCAAGAUCUUGGAGGAAAACAUGAAGCUGGAGUGUAAAUGCCAUGGAGUAUCCGGAUCUUGCACCACAAAAACAUGUUGGACCACGCUACCCAAGUUCCGGGAGGUGGGAUUUCUUCUGAAAGACAAAUACAAUGAGGCCGUUCAAGUUGAACCUGUCCGGGCUAGCAGAAAUAAGCGGCCGAUGUUCCUAAAAAUUAAAAAGCCACUCUCCUAUCGCAAACCCAUGGAUACAGACUUGGUAUAUAUUGAAAAAUCUCCAAAUUAUUGUGAUGAAGACCCAGUGAGUGGCAGCGUGGGGACACAGGGCAGAAUGUGCAACAAGACAGCACAACACACUAGCGGUUGUGACUUAAUGUGCUGUGGGAGAGGGUACAACACCCACCAGUACUCUCGGAUAUGGCAGUGUAACUGUAAAUUCCACUGGUGCUGCUACGUGAAAUGUAACACGUGCAGUGAAAGAACAGAAGUAUUCACUUGUAAAUGAGAUAAUAACCCGGAUGAGAACACAUUUCAACCCUGGGAACUUAUACCGUACAUUUGCACAAGAUCUCAAGCCACAUGCUGCAGGAUUGUGGCCUAGAGAGUCCCUAUGCGUUUCAGGAAGCCAAGUGAAUAGACCCCUGCUAUCUUUUGUUUGAGUUCUUCUGAAUCAGUCAUUCAAGCACAAUUCUUCAGCAUAAAGUUGUACGAAGUGUGUUCAGUUACAUAUAGAUUUACAAAGGAACUGUAAAAUAAUGUUAUGAGACGCUCUCCAUGCCUUAUUAACAAAUUGAGUAAUACAUAGUAUAAUUUCCAACAGUGUGAUGUCAGACAAGUGGGUGGAGUCUGUUUUCAGUCCUUUUUCUAUAAAUAUACACAGAUAUACAGAUAGAGCAGGGGACUGCUGGUUCACUCCUAAACAAAUUCAAAUAUGGAUUUUUGGGACAUAAAACUAAUUCUGGAAAAAGAGAGUUAUUACAAUAAUGGCUACCAUUUUAACAAAGUUGAGAUGGGCUAAGAAUAAAUUUGUGUGAAUUUCUGCAUUUCUGAGUGUACAUUAUGCAGAUUAAGACUUGUAAAGAUCCAAAAUAUCUGGCCGCAAGUUAUUCAGAAUUGCCUAUAGUGCAUACAGUUAGCUCCUUGGUUGAUCUCUUUAGGCGCUGUUUCAUAUUAUGUGUGUUUAUAUUUUAUAUAUUUAUAUAUAUAUAUAUAUAUAUAUACUGUAUGUAUUUAUAUAUAUAUAUAUAUAUAUAUACAUACAUACACAUAAUUAUUAUAUUUUACUGGCACAGGGACUUUAAAUAUUAGUGACAAUAGUUAACAAUAUAUUUUAGAGUAAACUAAUAUUAAUUUAUUUAACAGAAAAAAAACCUACUGCCAUUUGGAACUGUACUAUAGGUCAUAAUAAAUACUUUUUGUUUUAAUUAUUUAGAAAAUGAGAACCCUCUCUUGGAAAAACUGGAGAUGUAAAUAGUAUGUGUGUGUGUAUAUAUAUAUAUAUAUAUAUAUAUAUAUAUUACUCAGAGCCCACUUAUAGUCAUGUACAAGGGAUAAUCUCAUUUUAAUUUAUGGUGAAAGCAGACAUCUGUUCUUAAAUAUGAUAAUGCUGUUUGCUGCUAGGUGUCUGGAAUAAUCACUCUCAAUAUUUAAUUGUCUGGUUACAGUAUGUUAAUUUUUUCUCUAUAUAUUUUUUCUAAAUUAAACAAUUUGGAUUCCAUUUGUUGGACUAUUUUGGACAAAAUGUCAAUCUUAUGGAAAAUGGACCACACGGAAAAGAGUAUAUUUUGUUAGAGACUAUUUUUAUAUGAAUAUUUUAUUUAUAUUAUGUCUGCUGGUAUAACGCUAUAAUCUACAAUCUUAAAAAACAGAAAGCACCCAAUAUCCUAUUAGUGGUGUCUAUCAAAUACAUACAGAGUUAAUCCGUUAUCAUUCAGAUUUCCAGAAUAAAAGUUGAUUAUUUUUUUUUGUCAUUCUGAAAUAACUAAUAAUAAGAUCUCAAGAUAUACAUCUUUUGGAUUAUCCAGUAAUAGAUGUCGUGUGUGUUUUUUUGUGAUGGGCAAUUUGCAGAGUACACACAACUGGUAGAGGUUAUGUAGCAUUCAACUUAUCACACAGCUUAAAUUUGUGAUUAGCAUUAAAUAGUUGCUUGCUUAUCCCAUUCGGAAGAGGAAAAAGAAAAUCUGAAUUUGCUUCCCACAUGCGUCAGUCAUUAAACUGUUGGGUUAUUAUUAGCAAAUGUGCUGUGUAUGCUGCCCAUUAAAUCUCUAUAUUGUGUUACUGUCAAAUUUGAUUUUAUCAGUGACAGACUGUAGACUGUGACUGUAAAAACUAACUUGACAUACAGUCUCAUUCUCACAGAUAACGUACAAAGCUUACAGGUUUGCAUCCAAUUGUUUGCAUAGUUUGCUCACUUUGUCCCACACGCAACAAAAUUAUGUGUGAUGCUAAUUUUGAAAAAUAAAAUAAGUUGAUUAAAAAAAACUGCCCCACACAGAAUUAACUAUUAGACCAGUAUUUUAUUUACAUUUUUUUUAGUUCUUACACCCAUUUUGUUUUUCAUUUGUAAACAGUGUUAGACCAAUGUACAUCAGUGUAUAAGAUGUCAGAAUAGAAUUUAGAUGAGAUUAAUUUAUUGUCAGACUACUGAACUGAUAAAAAAAAUAUACAAAUAUUUUUAUAAAGAAUUUUCUUGUACAAUUAACUACUGAUAUAUAUAGUCAUUCUGAUAGGACGAUUGCUUAUCUCGACAAAAUGACUAUGCUACAGUUCACUACAGAAAAAGUUAAACUACUGGAAAAAGCCUAAAUCAUAUUGACUCAAUUAUCCUACAGUCCAGAAUAUGUCCUGGAUCUCAAAUGGUUAUAGUUCUAAUUCUGCAGUUUGUUUUCAUCUUAAUGCACUCAGCUAGGAUGACUUCUUCCAGAAAUUUUUUUCCCAUUCAUCAGUAAUAUUCAGUGUGAACUCAGUUACUAUAUCAGCUACUCAGUCCAUUUUAGCCGCAAUAAA